UGUCCCCUGCACCUGCCCGCGUUCUCCUACCACGGUCUCCGCCUCAGGUCCCCGGCCCGGCUCUCGGCGCCCCGGUGAUCGCCCCAGACCUCGGUGCCUCCCGGUGCCCCCCUGUCGCCCGCCGGUCCCCGGAGCCCCGCCCCUCGGCCCCGCGGCCCCCGGCGGGCGCCCUGCGUUCCCGCCAUCGCGCGCAGGUCGGCGCCCGCGCGCGGUGACCCUGUGUGUCCCCGCGCCGGCCCGGGCCUGCCCUCACAUCCUGCCGCUUCACAGUCGGUUCGGUUCGGUUCCGACGGCCCGGCUUUGACGCCACGGGGGUCGGGAGUCCUCCGCCCGGGUGCGGAGCGGGGCGCAGCUGGCCUCAGGCUACACGCGGGAGGCGCGGCCGCGUCGCCUGGGCCGUGGACUCUCCUCCGCCUGGCCCAAAGCCUGUCCCCAGAUGGCUGCCCCUUAAGUCGAGGACAGGCCGCCUAGGCCUCCGGAGAGGAUGGUUACUCCCUGGCGCUUCUCUGUCAGGGUUUGCUUGUCACAGCUCAGGUGUUUUGAGCUCAGACGGGAACUUGGCCUUCUCAGACCCUCUGGGUGCCCUCGCAAUGCCAGACUCUGUUGGCUGCUGCUGGGUAGUUUGCCCAAGCUCAUCUCAGCCUCUGGAGACGUUGGUGAGGGGGUCCCCGACAGCUUGUGCCAGCGUAGGGCCCCCUGGAGUGACCUGGCUGAGAAUGGGAGGGUGGAGAGGCUCUCCCAAACAGGACCGCUGGGCAGCGUCUUCCUGCAUCUCCGGAUCUGGCUCCGAGCUGGUGCUCUCUUGGCAAAAUUCUUCCCCCUCCUUCUCCUCUACCCUCUCACCUACCUGGCUCCGGGCCUCGCCACCCUUUGGCUCCACCUGCUUCUGAAAGCCACCGAAACCUCCGGCCCAACGUACAUUAAAUUGGGCCAGUGGGCCAGCACCAGGCGCGACCUCUUUUCGGAAGCCUUCUGUGCUCAGUUUUCCAAGCUGCAUGUCCAGGUUGCCCCCCACCCUUGGACUCACACAGAACACUUGCAGCAGGCAUUUGGAGAAGACUGGGGGAGCACCCUCUUUUUUGAGACCCAGGAACCUGUGGGUUCAGGCUGUGUGGCCCAAGUGUACAAGGCAUUCGCCAGCACGGCCUCUCUGGGGAAAGACAGCAUCUGGAGACUUGGGGAGGCCUCCCGCCUGCAGCUGUUCUCGGAAGCUGGGGCAUUCGGGGGGCUGAGAGAUCUGGUCUUUGAACCAGGACACCUUAGGAAGGAUUGGAUGCCUCCAGAAAAUCUUGCUGACCAGUCAUUUCUAGAACGGCUGCUCCUCACUGAAGCUGACCUGGUUGGAUCAAAUGCAGGUGUGUCUCAGGCCCCUGGCCAUCCACCUGAGCCAGAUCACCUCAUCCCAGUGGCGGUGAAAGUGCUGCACCCUGGCCUGCUCUCUCAGGUGCAUAUGGACUUGCUGUUGAUGAAGAUUGGCAGCCGAGCCCUCGGGCUUUUGCCGGGAAUCAAAUGGCUUAGCUUGCCUGAGAUUGUGGAGGAAUUUGAGAAGCUUAUGGUCCAGCAGAUUGACCUGCGUUAUGAAGCUCAGAAUCUAGAACACUUCCAGUGCAACUUCCAGAAUGUGACAUCUGUGAAAUUCCCCACCCCUCUGCACCCCUUUGUUGCCAGGGAUGUCUUGGUGGAAACAUAUGAAGAGAGUGUGCCUGUGUCUAGCUUCCAGCAGGCAGGAAUUCCCACUGAUCUGAAGAGGAAGAUCGCACAGCUGGGGAUCCACAUGCUCCUGAAGAUGAUAUUUGUGGAUAACUUUGUUCAUGGGGACCUUCACCCUGGGAACAUCCUGGUCCAGGGUGCCAAGGGACUUCCCUCAAGCCAGGAGACGCACUUGCAGCAGGUAGAUGUCUGUGACACGCUGGUAGUGGCCAUGGCACCUGCUCUGCGCCCACUGCGCCUGGUGCUAUUGGAUGCUGGCAUUGUGGCCGAGCUGCAGGACACUGACCUGAGGAAUUUCCGGGCAGUUUUCCUGGCCGUGGCGAUGGGGCAGGGUCACCAAGUGGCUGAGCUCAUCCUGCAUCAUGCACGAACCAACGAAUGCAGGGACGUGGAAGCGUUCAAGGAUGAGAUGGCCACGCUAGUGACUCAGGCCAGGAAGAACACCAUCACCCUGGAAAAGAUUCACGUUUCCAGCCUUCUCUCCAGUGUCUUUAAGUUACUGAUGACUCACAAGGUAAAGCUUGAGAGCAACUUUGCCUCGAUUGUGUUUGCCAUCAUGGUGUUGGAGGGGCUUGGUCGCUCACUGGACCCCAAGCUGGACAUCCUGGAGGUAGCAAAGCCCUUCCUUCUCAAAGGACCAUCAUCGUACUUCUGACCACGGCAGUGGGCAUGCAGUGAAGGCUGCUUGCAAGGACCUGUCUUGUGGCAGCUGAACACCUGGAAACAAGACGUGUGGAGACCACACUGCUUUCCAUGUGACUUGGUAUUAGGGUUUGUGUGAAAAGCUUUGGGUUAUGUGGUAGUAAAGGGCAGGAAAGGGACGAUAUCCAUGCAGUUGGGGACUCUGGGCCUGGUGCUGGGGACACCUUCAGGGAAAGUGUCCUCCCAAAGAGGAUACAAAUAUACUUCAUUGUUUUGUUACUGUUUCUCCCUGUUUUUGGUGUGGUACUGGAGUUUGAAUUCGCCUCCUGCUUGCUAGGGCAGGCGUUCUACCACUUGAGCCAUGCCCCAGCCCAUUUUUCUCUCUUUUUUAAAUCCCCUACACUCCCUGUUCAUGUGUAUCCUGCCAGUGGUCAUUUAGGUUAGAAAAUGUUAUAAAAUCUUGAAGACUCAGUUUUCAGUUUCUUUAUUAUAUAUGCUUACUGGCAAAAAGUUGUGCACAAAUACACAAUUCAUUUAUAAAUUCUAUACAGGUGCUAUACUGCUAGCAAAUCUUUUUUUUGGUGGGACUGGGGUUUGAACUCAAGGCUUCAUGCUUGCCAGUUCAUUUUUUUGCUCUGUUUUGGAGAUGCAGUUUUGAGAACUCCAGGAUUGGCUUUGAACCACGAUCCUCCUGAUCUCAGCCUCCAAUGUAGCUAGGAUUACAGGUGUGAACCACCAGUACCCAGCUCCAUUAGCAAAUCUUUCAAGGCAUAAUAUACAAU